AUGGAAAGCAAUGCCAUCCAUAGGCGAAAAAGCGCCCCGCAUACGUCACGCCCGCAAGUUCGGAGUCACUCUGCAAAACUCUUGAACCACCGCAUCAACCCAGCGCAACAGCCUCGCUCCUCGGGGAAACAGGAAAAAGGCCACCAGAAGAUGAAGCAGAGAUUCUCGUCCUUGGAUGUCAAGGUCAUCUCCCAGGAACUUGCAUCGGAGAUAGUCAAUCUGCGAGUUUCGAACAUCUACGAUCUCUCCUCGCGCAUCUUCCUCUUCAAAGUCGCCAAACCCGACCACCGCAAACAACUCGUCGUCGACUCCGGUUUCCGCUGCCAUGUCACCCAAUACUCCCGAGCGACUGCUUCAGCGCCCACGCCCUUCGUGACGCGCAUGCGCAAGUUCCUCAAAUCUCGCCGGAUCACCUCCAUUGAACAGAUCGGCACGGAUCGAAUCAUCGACUUCUCCUUCAGCGAUGGCAUGUACCACAUGUUCCUGGAGUUCUUUGCCGGCGGAAACAUCAUCAUCACCGAUCGCGAAUACAAUAUCCUUGCGCUGUUCCGGCAGGUACCUGCUGGCGAGGGACAGGAUGAGACUCGCGUCGGAGUCAAGUAUACAGUGACCAAUAAGCAGAACUAUCACGGUAUUCCGGACAUUACAAGGGAGAGAGUCAAGGAGACGGUUGAGAAGGCCAAGGCCCUCUUUUCACAGGAGGGCAGUGCGCCGAAGAAGUCCAAGAAGAAGAAUGCGGAUGUGCUUCGCAAGGCUUUGUCGCAGGGUUUCCCGGAGUAUCCGCCUCUGUUGUUGGAUCAUGCGUUUGCCGUGAAGGAGCUGGACCCCGCUACCCCGCUCGAUGAGGUUCUGCAGGAUGAGGCGCUUCUGACGAAGGUUGUGGAUGUGUUGGAGGCGGCGAAGGUUGAGACGGAUAAGCUGGCGAAGAGUCAUCCGGGUUAUAUCGUUGCGAAGGAGGAUACUCGUCCGUCCGCAGACUCGCCAGCUCAGGGUGAGGAGGACGCUGCGCGGAAACCGGGGUAUCUGUAUGAAGAUUUCCACCCGUUCAAGCCUAAGCAGUUUGAGGGCAAGCCGGGUGUUACUAUCCUGGAGUACCCGUCUUUCAAUGCGACGGUUGACGAGUACUUCUCGUCGAUUGAAACGCAAAAGUUGGAGUCGCGGCUUACGGAGCGGGAAGAGACUGCAAAGAGGAAGCUUGAGGCUGUCCGACAGGAACAUGCUAAGCGCAUUGGCGCUCUCAAGGAGGUUCAGGAACUGCAUAUUCGCAAGGCGGGAGCAAUUGAAGAUAAUGUUUACCGGGUUCAAGAAGCGAUGGACGCAGUCAAUGGCCUGAUUGCUCAAGGAAUGGACUGGGUCGAAAUUGCCCGUCUCAUUGAGAUGGAGCAAGGAAGAGGAAACCCAGUGGCCAAUAUCAUCAAGCUGCCAUUGAAGCUCUACGAGAACACGAUUACCUUAAUGCUUGGAGAGUCGGGCGAAGAGCAGGAUGAAGGCGAGGACCUGUUCUCGGACGAUGAGUCUGAGUCGGAGGAUGAGCAGGAAGAGGCUGCCAAGGCCCAAAAACAGUCAAACAACAUGCUGACAAUUGACAUUGAUCUCGGCCUGUCUCCUUGGGCGAAUGCAACGCAGUAUUAUGAACAGAAGAAGAUGGCUGCUGUCAAGGAGCAGAAGACGACGCAGUCCUCGACCAAGGCGCUCAAAAGCCACGAGAAGAAGGUGACGCAGGACUUGAAGAAGGGUCUGAAGCAGGAGAAGCAGGUUCUUCGGCCUGCCAGAAAGCCUUUCUGGUUUGAGAAGUUCCUCUUCUUCAUCUCGUCGGAAGGAUACUUGGUCUUGGGUGGCCGCGAUGCGAUGCAAAGCGAGAUUCUCUACCGCCGAUACCUUAAGAAGGGCGAUGUAUUUGUGCACGCCGAUCUACAAGGUGCCACGCCGAUGAUCGUCAAGAACCGAUCCAAUUCGCCCAACGCACCCAUUCCCCCCAGCACCCUUUCGCAAGCCGGUAAUCUUUGCGUGGCUACGUCCAGCGCCUGGGAUUCCAAGGCAAUCAUGUCAGCAUACUGGGUUACCGCGAGUCAAGUUAGCAAGACUGCUGACGCGGGAGGCCUCCUUCCCACCGGCGAGUUCCUCAUCAAGGGCGAGAAGAACUUUUUGGCCCCCUCACAGCUCGUCCUAGGAUUUGGAGUCAUGUUUCAAGUGAGCAAGGAAAGUCUCCGGAACCAUAAGCUGCACCGUUUCGACGAAGCCGUGGCUACGGAAACGCCUGUGGAAGCCCAGGAAGCUGACAAGGAAGCUAAGGGCAAGCCCGUCGAGCAAGAGGCGCAGGUUACUAAGCCUGAUGAAGCUACUGAAGCGGAGAAGGAGCAGGAGCAGAGCAGCGAGUCCGAAGGGGAACAAGAGGACGAUGCUGCGGUCCCAGCUAGAAACCCGUUGCAACGCGGGUCGUCAGAGCCUACCCAGACAGAAUCAAUUGCGGCGAACGAAUCCCAGAACGCCCAGGCUGAUGAGGCAGCUGACGAGGAAAACAAAGACGAAGCCGAAGAAUCGAACGGCAACAAUGAAGACAAGCAAAGCGCUCAAGAAGAGCCAGCUGAAGGUGAGGACGAGGACGAGAGUGCGACAUCGCCACAGACUCAAGAUGAUAGACAGCUCUCAGCUAGAGAAAGACGAAUGGCUAGAAAAGGAAGAGCGUCAGAACUGGAUGGACCUGCAGCGGACGGGGCAUCUGUCAAAUCUGCUAACAGCAAGCAAGCUCCAACUCGGGGUAAGAGGGGCAAAGCAAAGAAGGCCGCAGCCAAGUACGCUGAUCAGGACGAGGAGGAUCGGGAACUGGCUCUACGCUUGCUAGGUGCCAAGAGUGCCAAAGCUGAAAAGGCAGCUGCAGAAGCCGAAGCAAAGGCUAAGCGUCAGAAAGAAGCAGAGGAAGCGAAGAAACGACGCAGAGCACAGCAUGAACGCGCCGCGGAAGCGGAGCGGAAACGACAGGCUCUCUUUGAGGGUGGUGCCGAUGACUACGACGAAGAAACUGCCGCAGCCGAAGCAGCAGACAUGGAGUGGAUUCCUGCAUUGGUUGGAACUGCCCAUCCAGAAGAUGAUAUCCUGGCUGCUAUUCCUGUCUGCGCUCCUUGGGCUGCCCUGGGUCGGUAUAAGUAUCGCAUCAAGUUGCAGCCGGGUACCGUGAAGAAGGGCAAGGCUGUCAAGGAGAUCAUCGGACGCUGGGUUGCCGAAACUACAACAGGCAAGGUCAAGAAGGAACACGCUGAAGAUGCUGGAAUCGAUCGUGCUACCGCUGAGAAACUCCGCGCGAAGGAAGGAGAUCUGAUCAAGAUGUGGAAGGACACGGAGGUCAUCAAUAGUGUUCCAGUCGGCAAGGUGCGCAUUAUGGCUGGGCCAGCACCUAGCGGAGGUGACAAGGGCAAAGGCAAAGGUGGCGGGGGUGGAAACAAGGGAGGAAAGGGAGGGAAGAAGAAAUAG